AUGAAUUGUUUCUCAUUAACAUGUUGUUGUCCAACUGAUGAAUAUGACACUCGAAUUUUGUCUCUGCUUCAUCGUAUGAUAAAACUUGAAGAAUUAACGUUGGAUAUUAUUAAUGACAAACGAACUACAUUUAUCGAUGCUACUCAAAUUAAUGAUAAAAUUCUUAUACAUAUACCAUGUCUUCGUAAAUUUACUUUUCAUAUCAAUACUGAAGUUGAACUACAUCGUUUAACUCAUUAUUCAUCGAACGAAGAUAUUCAACAAACUUUUAUUAACAUAGGAUAUCAACAAGUAUAA